GGUGUCUUCUGCGUUCCAAGCCUCGUUGUCGUGUCCUCCGGUUGUGUUGUUAGUGAAUGUGAUUGAUACAGACGAGCCCGGUUUCUUUGCGCCGGGCUUAUAUGGAGUAUUUCUGUACACAGUAGGUUGAAAGGUCAGAAACAUGUCUUUAUAUGACGAUUUAGGGCAGGUUGAGACUAGUGAUUCAAAAACAGAAGGAUGGUCCAAAAACUUUAAGCUUCUGCAGUCACAAUUGCAAGUCAAAAAGGCAACUUUAACACAGUCAAAGACUCAAAGAACAAAACAGAGCUCAGUACUGGCACCUGUUAUCGAUCUUAAGAGAGCCAGUUCUGAUGACCGACAAAUUAUUGAUACUCCACCACAUGUGGCUGCAGGAAUAAAGGAACCUGUUCCAAGCGGAUUCUCCACUGGGGAUACGUUGGUUCCAUUGGCAGACGAAUAUGACCCUAUUUACCCUAAUGAAUAUGAAAAAGUGGUCAAACGACAGCGGGAGGAGAGACAGCGGCAGCGUGAAAUAGAAAGGCAAAAAGAAAUUGAGGAGCGAGAAAAGAGGCGUAAGGAUCGUCAUGAAGCCAGUGGAUUUUCUCGUAAACCUGACCCGGAGUCUGAUGAGGAGGAUGAUUUCGACAGAGAGAGGCGGAAGAGGACAAUGGGAGGCGCAGCUAUUGCACCACCUACAUGUCUCGUUGAGAAGGACAAGGAAUCUAUAGUGCCAGCAUAUGAUGAAGAGCCUAGGCCUCGACCACCCAUGCCUAAGGCUGCUAUUCCUCCCCCUAGUUAUGAUGAACCAGAACGACCGCGGUCUCCAACUGGGCCUAGUAAUUCCUUUUUAGCAAACAUGGGUGGAACUGUGGCUCACAAAAUCAUGCAGAAGUAUGGCUUCCGGGAAGGUCAAGGCUUGGGAAAACAUGAACAGGGCCUCAGUACUGCAUUGUCUGUUGAGAAAACCAGCAAGAGAGGAGGCAAAAUUAUCAUUGGAGAUUUAGCAGACAAAGUUGACUCCUCAAAGAAAUCCGACCCCAACCCUCUUACAGAAAUACUGAAGUGCCCCACUAAAGUGGUUUUAUUAAGGAAUAUGGUGGGUGCAGGGGAAGUGGAUGAAGAUCUGGAAGGUGAAACAAAGGAAGAAUGUGAAAAAUAUGGCAAAGUUGCAAAAUGUGUCAUCUUUGAGAUCCCCGGUACUCCAGAUGAAGAUGCAGUGCGGAUAUUUUUGGAAUUUGAGCGAGUAGAAUCCGCUAUUAAAGCGGUUGUGGACCUGAAUGGAAGAUAUUUUGGUGGCCGCAUCGUCAAGGCCUGCUUCUACAACCUGGACAAAUUCAGAACACUGGAUCUCGGAGAAUAAUAAUGAGUGGGGUCUCUUCAGAGUCCUGUGGGCAGUGUAUCUUAUCUGCUAUAUAUGGAUAUAGUAUCAGAAUUUAUCACGUUUAUUGUGAUGAACAUUUUUUUCUUGUUAUAUAGUAUAAAGAACAUUUUCUUGUUUUAUACGUUAAAGAACAUUUUAAAAUAACAUUGUCCUCCUUUUGGAUGGAUUUUCUUCCCUUCAUUUAAACAGCAUUUGUGUGAAUGUCCUAGAGCAAAUGGAAAAUUUCUUAGUUUCAUCAGCCCUCUCUGACUUUUGCCAAGCUGUUUUCUAUUCUGGUCCUGGUUUGUUUGUUUUUACCACAUCCUAGAAACAAUUUCAAACUGAUGUAAUCGUGCAACAUUUGUUAAAAUACUGUAAACUUCGAUGUAAUUAAAAUACAGUGAUC